GAACCGCUCUCGUGGUAACAUUCAACGCCCAGCCACUGGCACAGUGCCGUCAGUCGAGCCAGAGACCUCGGUGGAGACGGAUCGUCGGUGAUCUCAGUGAUCUCAAGUGGUUUUUGGGAGUGAGCGUACGCGGUGAAGUGAUAUUCCAAGAUUUCUGGGAAUCGCAACAAAGUGACUGACCAAGUGAGCGUGACAAUGGUGACAGGAAUAGGGAGCGUGUCGGGGGCCCAGGGAGCCCAAGGAGGUGUGAUAAGUGGUGUGGCGAUCCCAUCGGUUCAUCCGGCGGAGCCGCCAAAGCGGCCCAGUGACAACCGACGGAGCAAUAAACCCAUCAUGGAGAAGAGGCGGCGGGCGAGGAUCAACAAUUGCUUGAAUGAGCUCAAGACACUGAUUCUGGAUGCCACCAAGAAAGACCCCGCGAGGCAUUCUAAGCUGGAGAAAGCGGAUAUUUUGGAGAAGACUGUUAAGCACUUGCAAGAACUGCAGAGACAGCAGAUGAUCCUUUCGCAAGCCACAGAUCCUAGCGUCCUUAACAAAUUCAAGGCAGGAUUCACUGAGUGUGCCAAUGAGGUUCGUCGCUUUCCUGAUAUUGAUGUAGGUGUGAAAAGACGGCUACUGCAGCAUCUCAGUCUCUGCAUCAAUGGCGCCAAGACAGAAACUGAAACACCCGCAAUUGCCCAGAAUACCACAGUUCAGGUGCAUAUCUUACCCUCACCGCCUAGCAGUCCUGAACAAGAAGCACCGCAGCAUCAUGUUACUAUGACCUCGAAUGGAUAUUUCCUGGUUAAUGGGUCAGGGAGUGGAAUUCAAUUGAUUCCUACAAAACUCGCGAAUGGGAACAUCGCCUUCAUGUUGCCGCAAACCAUGCCAUCGAAUCCCGUGCCUAUGCUGAUCCCCAUCCCAACUAGGACAGCCUCAACGUCUUCAGCGGCGUCCAAUACCUCCUCUAAUGGCGUGUCGAGGGACAGUAUGACUUCACCCACCUACUAUCAGCCCCUCUCGCCCGCCAACAGCUACGAGCCCGACCUCAAGGCGCCCUCACCGGGUCCCGCGAGGUCACCAGACGCCAGCCCGGCGCCCCUAGCCCUCGUGAUGCGCAAGAGCUGCGACAGCCCGCCUGAAGACGAGAAGCUCUGGCGGCCCUGGUGAGUGUGGGAGAUUGGCGUCUAUAUUGAGUCGGUGAGCGGCUAUAAAUUACCCGCGAUCACGCGGCAGGCCGAUCGAAAAUAUCAACUGGGUUCAAUGAGAUCGUCGUCUCACCUCGCUCAGCUAUUUGCAGACACUGCAUGUCCCCCGCAAUUCGCGGGCGGAGAUCAGCCAGAGCAUGGGAGAAGUCACCAAGGAGACGCUGUAUCGCACACAAGUGAGAAAACACACUGAACAUAUUCAAAUUUUAAUCAAAACUUAGUACUGUUAUAUUUUAUAUCGCUACUGAAGAAGCACCUAACUACAGAUUUUGUAUUAGUGUUUGACAAAUUUAUAAUUCCUCUUUUGAUUGUAAAUCACAAUAUGAUUGAUAACUGUGGAAUUUUAUCACGCAUCAAUCUGUAAAACUGUUAUACCGCGCAAAUUAGCAAUUUUCUCACCCUUUCCCAAUGCAAGAGAGGCAGAAAAGUCAAGAUUAUCAUCGGUAAGACCAUCCACGAGUCAGAACAUCAAGUUUUUUUUAUGAGAAUCUCAAACCUGGUGAUCGAGUGAUUGUUAUUCAAUAGCCCCAGAGUGAGAAUCACGCGCGUGUUUCUUGUGCAUACUUAAUGAAUAAACAAUUUCCGUAUGUGCAAACGUGAGGCAAAAAUUUAUUCACCUCCCCAAAUGAAUAAUGCUUAUGGACGAUGGCGCGUCUUUGUUGUCGCUGACUGCCAAAAUGCACACGCGCGAUGUGUUGAGGAAAAAAGAGCGCAAAAUGAGACCUUCUGAGAGUGCUGAAAAGACGCGCAGAAUGAGACACACAAUUGCAAGCCAUGCGCGAUUUAGCAUUGUUGGUGUGUUCGGUGUUGACCAGAGGAUCGCAUCGCCACAAAUAUAGUCACUCAAUAUCACGUGUAUCGAGCGCGCGAUCAUUAACGCGCCUCUUGCCAAGGCGGGGGGAAUUAAAAAUAGACGGCACGAGGCGACCACGAAUCAUUAGAUCAUUCAAAAUAAAUUAACACACGCUCAAUCCAUUAUUUCUCACUGUCACAAAAGCCAAGAAGGAUGGAUUCCUCGUGGCGCAUGGGAACGCUUUUUGCCCACAAUCGACUUCUUUCGCCUUUCAAAAGACUCCCCUGCACUCGUGCUUUGUCAUGUGGCAUGAGAUAAAAAGGCCGCAGGUUCACAUGAUCGCGCAGACAGAGGUGAUCUUUAUACGUUUCUUUUUGGCCUGAAAGAGUGCUUUUGUCGAUGAUUUUUUUUCUGACAAAUGAUCUCACACGCGGCAUUCAAAAUCGAUCAUGUGUGAUCGUGCAGAGAGAAUUUGGGCAACACAAUGCGUGACAAAUUGCAGAUAAUUUGCCUGGAGGUGGGAAACUUUGACUGUUGUUUAUCCCAAAAUCACGAUGCGUAGAGACAAAGUUUGACUGUUAUAAUUUAGAACAGUAGCAGAGUUAACUUUGAGAAUCUGCCAUAGUUUAUCUCUGAAAAUAAUCACACAUUUGCAAUGUGGUUUUCGCGCGCAAUUGGUGUGAAGAUCAGUCAAGGAUGCGCCCGAAAUGGACGCGAUCCCACCCACGUCUGUCCCUGCCCGUCGUCAUGCCAGUGUAGCCGCAGGGAAAUUUCUGCCAGCGAGAAUUGCUGGUCGCGAGGUGGCACUUAAGUGGCUGUGAUUGCAAUAAAAUGCGAAUCACCGCAUGAAAAUCGUCACGACGGCGGUGAGGAGUUAAACUUAUGGACAUUUAUAUGGUGUGACAAUGUGAAAUAUUGGGCAUGAGAGUCCAAAGCUGCGUGUGCGACUUUGAAAUGUUAAUCUUGGCCUUUUCUGCCUUCGCUCUUCUUAUGGUUCUUUCACUGCAAGUCUUGAUGCGAUACGUGAGAAUUUUCUCAAUUGACAACAUAACAUAUAUUUUUUUUAUAUCUCAACCCUCAAAAAGAGAUGUAAAGCACACGAUUUUAACUUCUGAGAAGGCAAAAGCUGUGAAUAAAGAUAAAAAUACAUACAUUUUAGGUAUAAGAUAACCAUUAUUAUAAUGAUAAUCCCAAUAUUUGUAAGGUUCACCUUAUUUUGACUACACAUUAUGUAGAGAGUAACUUUAUUAAUUAAAUAUUUUUUACUUUUUACUGUUUAUCACCCUAAACAAACAUACUUGCGAUAAGGUAACUUCUAAGAAAUUUCUUUACUUUAAGUCUUAUAUAAAUAAUCUUGUAAGUGAUUGAUUUUAUCUGAUAAGCACAUAUUGAGUAACAAGAUGAAUUUACUCUGUAAAUACUUAACAUCUCUAAGGUUCAACAGAGCAUAACAAUUGCGAAUGUUUGAAAGUGAAAAUUGCCCUCCCAACUGUAAAAACGACUUAAUCACAAGAGUCUUCCAAUAGAACAAUCAUCGCAGAUGAGAAAAGAAGAAAAUAGAGCAAAAUAGAGCCACAAACACUUUGCAAAAAUGUGUGCGCAUGAAAAUAUGUGGAAUAAAAUACAGAGAUUAUCUGGUGGAAAAAUA